CAGGUGAGAGAUGAGAAUGACGAGAGUGGAGGAAAUGGAAUUAAGGAUGAUGAGAGGAGAAAAGAGAUGAUGACGUCAGCCCCCCACCUAUAUAAAGCCAAUCUCGUGACCCUGGGAGCAACUCGACACCCAGCCACAACCAUGCGAGGGUUAUUGUUGGUGUUGGUGGUAGUGGUGGGCGUGGUGAGGGCGGUCUACGACACGCCCUCCUGUGCUGACGGCCGACAGACCAUAGUUCACUUGUUUGAAUGGAAGUGGACCGACAUAGCCCAGGAGUGUGAGAGAUUCCUCGCUGAUGCUGGCUUCUGUGCCGUCCAGGUGUCGCCGCCGAUGGAACACGCGGUGGUGGAGGAGAACGGGUACCCCUGGUGGCAGAGGUACCAACCAGUCUCCUACAAGCUGGAGUCUCGCUCGGGCAACAGGCAACAGUUUAUUGACAUGGUGCAGAGAUGUAACGCCGUCGGUGUCAGGAUCAUCGUGGACGCCGUAGUGAACCACAUGACAGGUCUGGGCAGGUCAGGGCAGGGGUCAGGAGGCUCCAGCUUCAACGCCGACAACAGAGACUUCCCCGGCGUGCCUUACUCCAGUCUAGACUUCACCCCCCGGAGCAUGUGUCCCUCUGCUGACGGUAACAUAAACAACUACAACGACGUGAACGAGGUGAGGAACUGCUACCUGGUGGGGCUGACGGACCUGUACGGCGCCAAGGACUACGUCAGGCAGAUGAUCUCGGGUUACUACAACGACCUCGUCGAGAUUGGCGUCAUGGGCUUCAGGGUGGACGCCGCCAAGCACAUGUGGCCGAAGGACCUGGAGGCCAUACAGGGGUUGACUCACGACCUGAACACCAACGCAGGUUUCCCCAGCGGCCAGAGACCCUUCUUCUUCCACGAGGUGAUCGACCAGGGAGGAGAGCCCAUCACAGUCGACCAGUACUUCAGUGUGGGCCGCACUACGGAGUUCAGGUUCGGCAAGAAGAUAGCCUGGGGCAUCAACGACUUCAGUCAGCUGGCCAACAUCUACGACCCGGGGUGGGGGAUGGCGCCCUCUGAUAAGGCUCUCGUCUUUGUUGACAACCACGACAACCAGCGAGGUCAUGGCGGGGCUGGCGACAUCAUCACUUUUAAACAGCCUAAAGAAUACAAGAUGGGUGUGUCGUUCUCCCUGGCUCACGACUACGGGUUCAUGAGGAUAAUGAGCAGCUACUACUUCGACGACUCAGAUCAAGGUCCUCCAGGUAGCAACAAUGGCGGUUCUACUGACGACGUUCCUAUUAAUGCUGAUGGUUCCUGUGGUGGCGGCUGGGUCUGUGAACACCGCUGGAACCCUAUCACCCAGAUGGUGAAGUUCAGGAAUGCCGUAGCUGGUACACAGAUGGCCAAUUGGUACCAGGAGGGAGAUAACGUAGCCUUCUCCCGGGGCGACAAGGGCUUCUUCGCCAUGUCUAAGUACGGAUCAUUUGACAAGACCCUUCAGACUGGUCUGCCAGCGGGACAGUACUGCGAGUUGAUCAGCCACUGUGCCAACAAGGUGACUGUAAACGGUGAUGGAACAGCCCGGAUCAUCAUAAACAACUCAGAGGAGCCGAUCUUUGCCAUCUGUGCUGGAUGUGAUGGUGUUGAACCUACAGUCAGCCCAGACCACACCACAACACCCCACCCCACCUUACCACCCAUCGAUGGUAUGGCCAGGACCGUUGUCUUCGUGCACAAGCAAACCUCCGUGGGUCAGGACCUGUUCAUACGGGGAGGCAUCGACUCGGCCCACCGCCAAGGCUGCAACGAUAAUGCUGAAACAGAUGUUUGUGCCAUCGACAUCACUGUUAGCAGUCUGGGUACUGCAGAUCAUUAUGCCAAGUACAAUGCAUGGAGGCAAGGAGACACCAAGCUCGACUGGUAUGGUGCCCAGGCCAGCCAAGGCAGCUACCAGGGCCAGUCAGCAUCUGGUUCACCUCUCGCUUGGACCACCAACAAACCAGGGGCAGCUGGGUACCAGGAGCUGAACACGUUUGGAGAGCACUACUGGAUGGUCGACAUGAUGAUGAACUGUGACGAGACUGAGGGUGGCUGGUUUGAUUUGAAGGCCUUCGUCAGCAAUGCUGGCACAGGCUGGGAAUCUGACAUCAACCAAGUGUCAUCAUGCACUGGUGACGCUGGGGGUGCCAAGCCCUACACAUCCAAGAACCACUUGGGUCGCUGUGGCUACCUCAACGUGUUUGAUUUCUCUGGAUCUUCCUGCCAAAUCAACUCUCUUUCUUGAUUUAUAUGUGAGAUGGCAACUCUUAAUAUCUUCUUGACCUCUAUCAUUAUGCUUGCUCAUUCUCGUCUCUGAGUACCUCCAGCAAUCCAUCUGAAGCCUGCCAUUCUUCAUGACUGAGGUGCAGUACAUGUACUACCAUAUAUUAACUGCUAAUAAAGUGCCUCUCACUCAGCAA